AUGGUUAAAAACGAUCCUCAAAAUAAUGACGAAACAAAUAAUGUUUCUUAUCCACUCCCAAGUGGAAAAGCGCUUAUAGAAACUGAUACAGAAUCGCCUUCUCCUCACUUAUCAAAUCAAGUUCCUAAUUUACCGAAUCCUGAUUAUCUUCGAUUGAUUCUUACCUCAAGAGUUUAUGAAAUAGUUAAAGAAACCCCUUUGCAACAUGCUGUAAAUCUUUCUUUGAAAACACAAAAUAAUGUGUACUUAAAAAGGGAAGACUUACAAGAGGUGUUUUCCUUCAAAAUUAGAGGCGCUUAUAACAAGAUAGCUCAUUUGAGUGAAGAGGAAAGGAAGAGAGGUGUAAUAGCAUGUUCUGCUGGAAAUCAUGCGCAAGGUGUUGCAAUGUCCGCAAAACAUCUUGGACUUCCAUCCACUAUUGUAAUGCCACUCGCAACUCCAGCUAUUAAAUGGCGUAAUGUUAAAAGACUUGGAUCUAAAGUCGUUUUAUACGGAAAUGACUUUGAUGAAGCUAAGCAAGAAUGUGCUCGACUCGCCGAAAUAGAGCAACUUACUAAUAUCCCUCCAUACGAUGAUCCAUAUGUUAUAGCUGGCCAAGGAACAGUUGCGAUGGAGAUCAUCCGCCAACAUAAUGUGCAUGAUAUUGAUGCGAUUUUCGCAUGCGUUGGUGGUGGCGGUCUCAUAGCUGGUAUUGGCAGUUAUAUUAAAAGACUAUGCCCCAAGAUCAAAAUUAUUGGAGUUGAAACUUAUGACGCUAAUGCAAUGACUUUGUCAUUAAAAGAAAAAAAACGCGUCACUCUUGAAGAAGUAGGUUUAUUUGCCGACGGAGCUGCUGUUAAAAUAGUGGGAGAAGAAACUUUUAGAGUGUGUAGCGAGGUGGUGGAUGAAAUGAUUAUGGUAUCUACCGAUGAAAUCUAUACUCGAUCUAUUGUGGAACCUGCUGGUGCACUUGGAGCAGCGGGCAUUAAAAAAUAUGUCGCUGAAAAUAAUAUUAAAGGUCAUACCUUUAUAGCCAUCACAUCAGGAGCAAAUAUGAACUUUGAUCGUUUGAGAUUUGUAGCUGAGCGAGCUGAUCUUGGAGAGCAGCGUGAAGUUUUAGUAUCUGUUAUUAUACCGGAACGUCCUGGAAGUUUCGUUAAACUAUAUAAUCAAAUUCAUCCACGUCAAAUAACAGAAUUUUCCUAUAGAUACUCUGAUUCAGAAAAAGCGUGGAUUUAUACGUCAUUCAUGGUUGAUAAUCGUGAACAAGAGCUUCCCGAAAUUUUACAGAAUCUGAAAGAUAAUGGAAUGUAUGGGCAAGAUAUUAGUGAUAACGAAAUGGCUAAAUGUCAUGCUAGAUACUUAGUUGGGGGAAGGAGUAAAGUGGAAAACGAACAAUUAUAUAGAUUUGAAUUCCCCGAAAGACCUGGAGCACUUCAAAAAUUCUUACUUGGACUUAGAAUAGAUUGGAAUAUUUCACUGUUUCAUUAUCGUAAUCAUGGAUCGGAUAUAGGCAAGGUGUUGGUCGGGAUUCAAGUUCCUCCUCAGGAUUUUGAGGCUUUUGAAAAAUUUAAGAAUAGUUUAGGAUACCAUGCUGUUGAGGAAACUGAUAAUCCUGUUUAUAAACAAUUUUUGAUAUAA